ACUUAAUUGGAUAUCCAAUUUGGGCCAUUUUACUUCUGAAUAGGGUCUUAAAAUGGGCUUAGCCCUUGUUUCAUGACUUUCUUGAAUGAAGGAAAAAAAAAACAAGAGGGUGCAAACUGAAAAUGAACAAAGAGUAAGAAACCCUUGUUACUGGCAAGGCACAAAUUUUGAUUACAUGAACAUGGCAACUUUCGCGGGAAACAUUGGCUUCAAAUUCUCGUCUCAUCAUCUUCUACCUCACGUUUUUUCAAUUCCACGGAACAUUUGGAAGUUUCAGAUUGCUUGCUUGAAGAGUAGAGACUUUAGUUCUUCUUCUUUUACUGUUAGGUACAUUCCUAUAACAUCCUGCAGAGUGAAAAUUCGGUAUUUGGAAUAUUGUAGCUUUGCUGAUGGCAGUGUAAUCAAGAUAAAUGAUGGGAAAGUUGGGCAUGCGACAAUUGCACAUUGUGAAACUUCUCAAAAUCCAGAUAAAGUUCGCACUGACUUACUAUUUCAUGACAUUGAAGAAGAAGGUUCCGACCAAAUGGAAGAGGUUGGAGAGUUGACAGUCCCUCAGACAGGAGACUCUCGUGAACGGGAUUUUAUACGACUUGACAAAUCUACCAAUGAUGUUGAACAAUCAGCUGUCAAAUUACUUGCAUCUAGGGCACUCACAGCAGUUGAAUUGAGAAAGAAAUUGCUUAGCAAGAGAUUCUCUCCUAAUGCAGUGGAGGCAGUGAUAAACAAGCUCCAGAGACAAGGGUUCAUCAAUGAUAAGUUGUAUGCUGAAUCGUUUUCUCAAUCUAGAUGGUCUUCGUCUACUUGGGGUCCAAGACGGAUCAAACAAGCACUGUUCAAAAAGGGAGUUAGUCAAUCUGAUGCUGAAAAGGCAGUUGAAGUAGUUUUUAAAGACAAGAAUGAUCAUGCUGGAGAAGAAAAAUCAAUUAUUAACUUGUCAAAGCAAUCCAUGGAUCAUCUUUAUGUUCAGGCCUCCAAGCAGUGGUUCAAAGGUGAAAAUGUUUCAAAGGAAACAAGAAAGUCAAGGAUUAUUCGAUGGCUUCAAUAUCGUGGUUUUGACUGGAAUGUCAUUAGCAUCAUAGUAAAUAAACUAGACAGAAAUGAGCAGAAUCCUCCAUAGAUUGAGACAUCCAAAACUCAUACCUAUUUGGUAGGGUUCAUAAUCCAUAAUCCAUGUCUCAUGAAUUGUAGAUUUAUAGUGUGUAAUAUGGUAGGGUGGUCCAUUGUCUGAUAAUGCUAUGACAAAAGAACUAGAACUUCAUUGGUUCAAUUUGGAUCAAGGCUAUAAUGCACUACCACUUAGGAGGAGAUGCUAUUUGUGAGUCAACUUUGUGCCCAUUUUUGGGAUGGUGCUGUGUGAUAUGUUUGUAAACAAUUGAUGUAAGCUUGUUUUAAAAGUGUGUUUACUCUAGAAAAAUUGUUAACAUGUGUGUUUAUCCAAUUAAAGUCCUUAUUAGCAUUUACAAUUUCUAGAGCUGAAUGAGUGUCAUCAAUGACAUCAUGGCAUCUUUUGAAACUUUUUUCAAAAUUAUAGAGACUUGCAGGACUAGGUUGAAUGCACAUGUUCUGUUCUUAGAACACUUACAUAAUAUGAUUUUUUUGAAAAGUUGGAGACAUGUCAAGUGAGUGUUUUUAAUGUUGGAGCACUAUUGAAUAAAUCAUGAGGUGUGAGCUCGGGAUGUUGGA